AUGGACGAUCAAAAAGAACAAAAAUCCGAGUCUCCAAAGCAGGCUGUCCAUGAUUAUAUGCAGCGCAUGUUUUCGGCAUCACUUGCCCUGUCCCAGACACAGACGGAGGAUUCGAUGACCGUGGAAUCAAAUGAAGAGGAUCUGGGCCAUUUGGUGGAUACUAUUGCCCGAAAUUUGCUGUCGUCGUGUGCAAUCAACAUUCUCGCUGCAGAAACUUCCAAUCUACCAAAGUUAUCUACAAUAGAGCCCAUGCUCCCUGGAAUUGAAAACGAAGAAGCUGAGGACGUAGAACCACUUGUGGAACCUUACCAAUACAGAAGGUCGGACUAUUUGCGACAACUCCUCCGAAUCAUGGCCCCAAUGUCGAUGCAAGUCGCGGCCCACACAUGUACUCUUGUCGCAUCCUACAGAACAGACUCGCCGACGUUGCAAUAUCAAGCAGUUGUUUUGUUCUCGCACUGGCUACCAGUAGCUCCUCACUUGACUCCCAUGGUAACCGAAUUUUUCCAACAUUUGAAAGAACCAUUCCAACACGUCGAAUUGGAAAGAACAGAUUCAGCAUUCCUCGUUGCUGAAGCGAUGUAUUAUCUGCUAUCAUUCUAUUCAAAACGGAAACAAAUAACUUCACUGCGAAAACUAUGGAGCUGGAAGUUUCUGUUCGACAUGCUGCAACCAAGAGACGUGGCAAUGAGCACCGAUGAUGAUGGAGGGCAAGACGAUAUUGUUCGGAUGAAGGCAAUUCGGUGGUAUUCCGCAAGAGCCAUCGGGAGUUUACUCAAAUGGAAACCAGCAGUGGUUAUAUCAAUGCUGAAGCGUCUUGAAGUGGAGGAAAGUCGAGUUCAGUGGCAUAUCCAUCCAUGGGACCUGAAUAUAGAGGAAGCCGACUUCCAAUCGUCGAUUUUUCGAUCAUGUGCAAGCCUUUGGGGUUCAGAGGAGCUUGCUCUACCAUCUUCCGAACAAAUAUCACAUAUACUUCCUACCUCGAGUCUACUGGCUGAUGUGGGACCUGGACUGGUAUUUUACAAGUAUGCUUCAUUGAAAAAAAUAAUAGGUGCAACAACUCAAGCACCAUCAAAAUCUGUCGACAAUGCUGACGACUCGAAACAGAGACUCAUUCUCACUCCGACAGCGGGCCGAAAUAUCUCUCUCCUCGGCUCAGUUCUAUGUCAAGAACCCUACCCGCCGCCGAUUCUGGUAUGUGGACCACAUGGCUCUGGAAAGUCUAGCCUUGUGCGAGAACUGCUGCACAUGUGCCGACCAGAUGAAGACAGUCUGAUGGAAUUUCACAUCGAUGAAGAGACAGACUCCAAAACGUUGAUUGGUUCAUACACGACGACAGAUAUUCCUGGAGAGUUUGCAUGGCGAGCUGGUGCAUUGACUCACGCCACUCGUGAAGGGCACUGGGUCCUCAUCGAAGAUGUUGAUGUUGUACCAAUAGAGAUUCAGGCAACGCUUGUCAAACUGCUGGAAAGCCGGAUGUUACCACUUGGAAAUGGAAAAUAUGAAAGAUGUCAUCCAAACUUUCGAAUUUUCGGUACUUGCACAACAACAGCGCAUGAAGCUCAACGAAAUCUACGAAUGAGUUCCAACAGGGGCGGAGGAAAGCGUAUUCUCAGCCCAUCACUGUGGAGAAAAGUUUAUGUCAAACCAAUGCCUUCAGACGAAUUGAAACAAGUGGCGUCGUCACUAUUCAGAAAUCUCCCAGGGUUUGUCAUUGAGGCUGCCCUUACAAUAUUGCAAAAACUUGACAGAAGUGGUCGCAAGGGCUCGCUGUCAACUGAGAAAAAAAAGGAAGAAGAGGAGGACAUCAGGGAUAAGGACAUUGACGUUCCUGACACCCCCGAGACAAGGUUGUGGACUGGAGGACGGAAUCCAUCAGUUCGAGACUUCUUCAAAUUACUGUCACGGUUAUCAAAUGGCGUCACGUUCGAAAACAAUCAGGCAUAUGCAACUGAAGCGCAGCGGAUGCUCUGCCUUGCAGAAUGCGUCGACAUCUUUGUCGGAGCAUGCCCAGAAAAAGCUUGGAGACUCGACUUUGUAAAUAUGCUGGCUGCUCCUAUUUGGGGCGUGUCUCGAGACUUGGCGGUGAGCUACAUUGAGAGCAGGCAACCUCCGACAGUAAUAGGGGAAGAUGCUUUUGAGAUUGGUAGAGCACGGAUUCAGUUGCACGAUCACUUUGAUCAUUCCAUGAAGAAAUCCAAAACUUUCGCACAGACCAAUUAUGCAUUGCGACUGAUGGAGUCAGUUGGAGUCUGUAUCAGAGAGAAUGAAGCUGUACUUCUGGUUGGCGAAACUGGAUGUGGAAAAACUAGUUUGAUUCAACAACUCGCGGCGAACUGUGAAAGGGAGCUAAUCGUCCAGAAUCUUUCGCUUCAGACAGACUCUACCGAUCUUCUUGGAGGAUACAAGCCUCUUGAGAUCAAGAAUGUGGCAAGAAGGGUUUACAACGAUUUCGUCCAUAUCUUUGUUUCUACCUUCUCAAGGAAACAAAACGCCAAAUUCCUUCAGUAUGCGGCUUCAAUGCAAGAGAAAUCGAACUGGAAAAAGCUAUCGCAGUGUUUCCAAAGGGCAUCACAACUUGGACUUGCAAAAAUGAAAGAACAGAGUGUGAAUGCAGACCAGGUGCUGUCAAAAAAGCAAGUUGCUCUGAAGCUUGCGUGGCAAAAGUUUGUUGAUAGUGCCGAUCGCUUUGAGAAGCAGAGAUUGACUUGUGACGCAGGUCUUGCAUUUGUUUUUUCAGAGGGUGUUCUUGUAGAUGCCAUCCAGAAUGGCAAAUGGGUUCUACUGGAUGAAAUGAAUCUUGCUUCAGCUGACACACUGCAGAGACUCUGCGGUUUGCUCGAUGACAAAGACGGCAGUGUAACACUCACGGAACGGGGUGAUGCGUCAGCGAUUACGCGGCAUCCAAAUUUUCGAUUGUUUGCCGCCAUGAAUCCGGCAACUGAUGCUGGAAAGAAAGAUCUCCCUGCAAGUAUUCGGUCUCGCUUCUCUGAGAUCUAUGUCGACGAGUUGCUUGAUCCGGUCGAACUACGUGUUAUUGCUUGCCGAUAUCUCGAUGGCGUUCUAGCUUCUGAUGGCAAGCCACCUGAACACUCCCAGGUUGUGAUUGAUGUUGUUGACGUAUACUUGAAAUGUCGACAGCUUGCGGAAGCGAGUCUUUCUGAUGGAGCUGGUCAUAAGCCAAGAUAUACAUUGAGAACUCUAUCUCGCGCUUUAAGUGCUGCAAAGACUCUGGCUGUCCAGCAAAAUCUGUCUUUACAAAGGGCUAUUUACGAAGGGUUUCAGCUGUCGUUUGAGGGUGCCUUGGAUGAUUCUUCGACAAGGGUCGUCCGAAAAGCACUAAAACCGCUACUUCCUCAGGGUACGUCGAAGUCGGUAUUAGAACACCCGGGUAGGCGGCCUGGAGGAAAAGGCAAAGAAGAAGAUUAUGUCUUGUUGAAACCAUUCUGGGUAAAAGUUGGACCAGGGGAAAGCGCUGAUUGGUCAGAAGUCUCUUCGUCAACUGGGAAAGCGAGAUUUAUUCUCACUCAAUCAGUUUCUACAAGCUUGCGUCGAUUGUCGCGAGCGAUCACUGCAGGACCAUGGCCAGUACUUUUGGAAGGUCCAACUAGCGCCGGAAAAACAACACUGGUGGAGUACAUUGCUGCCCGCUGUGGCCACAAAGUUGUUCGAAUAAACAAUCAUGAGCAUACUGAUGUCCAGGAGUAUACGGGAUCUUUUGUUGCCGACCAGAAUGGAUCAUUAUCAUUUCGCGAUGGGCUCCUUGUUCGAGCACUUCGACAGGGACACUGGGUUAUAUUGGACGAGCUGAACUUGGCUCCAAGUGAGGUUCUUGAAGCACUCAAUCGCUUGCUUGAUGAUAAUCGAGAGCUCUAUCUCGCAGAGACAAAUGAAGUUGUUACCCCACAUCCUGACUUUCGUCUCUUUGCAACCCAGAACCCAGCGGGUAUCUAUGGAGGAAGAAAACCUUUAUCAAGAGCAUUUCGUAAUCGGUUCGUGGAGAUUCAUAUGGGCGACAUUCCAUCUGACGAAAUGAUGACCAUUCUUGAGAAAAGAUGCGCUUGUCCGCCGUCUCAUGCGAAACGCCUAGUUGACAUCAUGGUAGCUCUGAGGACUCAAAGAAGUAAAAGCAACGUAUUUCUCGGAAAGAACAGUUUCAUAACACCCCGUGAUUUGCUCAGGUGGGCAGAACGAGAUUCGACUUCGAAGCAAGAUCUUGGAGAGCACGGUUACAUGUUAUUGGCAGAACGAUUGAGAUCAGAGGAUGAAAAAGAGCUUGUUCAAGACAUUAUCGAAACAAAUUUGAAAGUGAAGUUGAAUCUGGACGAGAAGUACUACGGACCUGACUCAGAGGCGAGGAAGCUGCUUGCAGAAGCUACACAGCAGCUACAACAAACAUCGAAUCCUCUUAUGGAGUCAAUAGCUGCAACAAAGACACUGCUUCGUCUAAUCUCACUGGUUUUACGCUGCAUAAAACAAAAAGAGCCAGUCUUGCUUGUUGGGGAUACUGGGUGCGGGAAAACAACAGUUGUGCAGUUUCUGAGCUUUGUAUUCAAUAGGCAGCUUUAUGCUGUGAAUUGCCACGCGACAACAGAGACAUCUGAUUUGAUCGGAGGGCUUCGACCUGUUCGCGGCCGUGAUGGAAUGGUGCAGCAGAUUGUGUUAAAACUGAAACGUGUAUUUGACCUGUGUCAUCCUGACUACCUCAAGGACAUUGUCGUUCCCGAGAAGUUAUCUGCGUUGUUCCAGCGGCUAUCGAAUAAUGAGAGCUCACUACGUGAGAAAGACUUCGAAGUUUGUUCCGUGAAGGAAAUGAUGUCUAUUGCUUCAUCGAUAGCGAAAAGCUUUCCAGAUUCAACUGAGCCAGGGAAAAGGCAAAGAAAACGCAGAAAGUUGAACGAAUCAGGCCCUUCGUCGGACUGCUCUGAAGCGGAAAUGGAUGAAGAAUCAUCAGAUGCCUGCGCUGGGCUAUUGGACGAGAUAACGGAGAUUGGUCGCAGAUAUGGCACUCUUUUUGAAUGGUCUGAUGGACCACUUGUAGAAGCAAUGAAAUCCGGCCAGAUGCUUCUCCUCGACGAAAUGAGUCUUGCAGAAGACGCUGUUCUCGAACGCUUGAACUCGGUCUUGGAACCUUCCCGGACGAUCGUUCUUGCUGAAAAGGGCGAUGAUGGUUCGAAGGUUGAGAGUCGAAUUGUGGUUGCGGCCGAUGAUUUUCGGAUCUUUGCAACAAUGAACCCGGGAGGUGAUUUUGGGAAACGAGAACUUAGCCCUGCGCUUCGUAGUCGUUUUACGGAAAUCUGGGUACCAGCAGUUACUGCAAGAAGCGACUUUGAGCUUGUACUGAGUCGAACUUUGAUUCCACGUGAUGUUGCUAUUGAAUCCACAAACCUAGGCCCGCUCCUUGAUCGCAUGUUGACAUAUGUUGAGUGGUUCAAUGGUAGAAUAUGUGGGGAUAGGGCGAGCCCGUUUGUUGAUUUCAAGCUCACACUUCGAGAUGUCCUGUCUUGGGCACGCUUCAUAGUUGCAGCUCGGAAUGUAAAUAGCGAAUUGAGUAUGUGGGAUGCAUACUGCCACGGGGCAUCAUUGAUGCAUAUCGACGGUUUUGGACUGGGGUCGGGGCUUGCAGUUGAAGAUGCUGCACAAGUCAAGAAGAAAGGAGAGGCUUAUCUACUAGGGCAGCUGCCAUCGAAAACCAAGAUAUCCAAUCUCUCCGGGACGACCGAAGGCUUCAAUGUUAGUCAUUCAAGCCAGUUUGGCUCCAGUCCGUUCUUUAUCAGUACUGGACCGAUACCAACAACUGAAUCGACUUUCAACUUCACUGCUCCAACGACUGGGUUGAAUGUAUUUCGAGUUCUGCGAGCCAUGCAGCUGAAUAAGCCAGUUCUUCUUGAGGGUUCUCCAGGUGUUGGGAAAACAAGUCUUAUUACAGCUCUGGCUGCAGCUUCUGGUCACAAGCUCGUACGAAUCAACCUAUCCGAGCAGACAGAUAUCGCCGAUUUGAUGGGGAGCGACCUUCCAGUUUCCUCGGCAUCAGGUGGUGCUACCUUCGAAUGGUGUGAUGGCAUCCUCUUGACUGCAAUAAAGGAAGGUAGUUGGGUCUUACUCGAUGAGUUGAAUCUUGCUUCCCAGACAGUUCUCGAGGGCUUGAAUAGUUGUCUUGAUCACCGAGCAUCUGUCUACAUACCAGAGCUGGGGAAGAACUUUGACUGUCCUAGCUCUUUCCGUGUUUUCGCAGCGCAAAAUCCAUUGGCCCAAGGUGGAGGGAGAAAAGGACUGCCAAAGUCAUUUCUGAAUCGUUUCACAAAGGUUUAUGUGGAAGCUUUGAAGGACUCUGAUCUAAGCUCAAUCUUGGUCUCAAGAUACCCAACUCUCGAACAUAAGCUGGUACAAAAGAUGAUUGGCUUCAACGAAACGAUUCAUCAAGAUGUUGUUGAUAAACGGGAAUAUGGUUCGGAAGGAAGUCCUUGGGAAUUCAACUUGCGGGAUGUAUUUCGAUGGUGUGACCUGAUUUCGUCAACAUCUGCAACCAAUGAAGGGGCUGCGAGGGAUCUUUACUUCCAAAGAUUUCGAAGUCUUUCUGAUAGAGCCAAAGUAGAUUUGGUGUAUCAGCGUUUCUUUGGCAAAUCCUUGAGCUCUACUGCUUUACCUACACUUGAAAUCGAAGAGACUCGUUUUCGAGUUGGAGACACCACACUGCAAAGAAAUGGGACGUUUUAUAACUCGCAUCGUGAGAACACGCUGAACACCGAUCCAAGCAUACUUCUCUCUUCCAUGCUACCUAUGGAAGCUGUCGCUCGUUGUAUCAAAUUGAGGUUACCUUGCCUACUUGUGGGAAAAGCAGCUAGCGGAAAGUCCUCCGUCGUUUCAAGCCUAGCUGAACUUUGCAAUGCGAAGCUUGUUGAACAAUGUCUUUCGCCAUCUUCGGAUGUCACUGAGCUCGUUGGAUGCUUCGAACAGAUCGAGGAUAUGUCGGAGGAGCGGAAAGUUUUAGCUGCGCUUCUCGAGUUGGCUAAAGAGUACUUGCGACUUCAAAAGGCUGAUUCUGACAAUUCUUGGUCAGUUUGGAGUUUGAUUCUUUUGUUGGAAGAAUGCCUCGAAGACAUUUCCCAUUUGUUUGAUGGCUUCGUGAAAGGUGAUAAGACGAAGCAAUCAAGAGCGAAGACUUUAGCGUGUAUUCUACUCGAAGGUUUGAGUACUUGCGAUUCCUUUUGUCGCAUGUAUUCGGAUGAUGUGCAGAAAAUUGCAGGAAAAUGUAACGAGUGGAAUUUAGCAGGGCUUCCAGAAAACAAAAGUGAUGAUUCGGGUCACUUUGUGUGGCGUGAUGGAAUCCUUGUGGAAGCCAUGGUUAACGGAUAUUGGUUGGUGCUGGAAAAUGUCAACCUCUGUCCAUCAUCAGUCCUUGAUAGGUUGAACUCUGUCACCGAGAAAGAUGGCUUCUUGCUUCUGUCUGAAUGUGGAACAAACGAGGGUGAUGGAGAAGGCGCUUCAACUCACCGACUGAUUCGACCCCAUCCAAAUUUUCGGAUCUUCCUAACGAUGAAUCCAACUUGCGGAGAGAUAUCAAGGGCGAUGAGAAACCGAUGUGUGGAAAUUUCUCUUCUGCAACUCCUGCAUUCGACUCCUCAAUGGGAUGGAAACGAUGAUAAUAUUCCAGCUGGAACGGCCACAAACGCUGCUAAAGUCGAUAUUCUGGAAAUUUUGAACGGUUCUGGGGCAAAGACACUAGAACUUGCUACAUCUAUCAUGUCCAGCCAUCUUGUCGAACAUUAUGAUGCAAUCAAGAGUGGAGAAGAGCCACCUUGUCUACGAAGCGUAUCAGGUGCAACUUCAAUGCUUGCUGGCCAAGUUUCUCGUGGCGUGAACGCGAAUGAAGCUUUAGCUCACUGCAUCCACCUUUCUUUUGAAAAAGAAGCCACUGACACCCUCGAGCACAUCAAGAACGACUACUACGAAAAAAUUUCAGCAAAAACAUACACACCUCUUCCAGUUGUCACGUCUGUCAUCGACUCAUGGGCGUCAAGCCAGGACACUGCUCAACUAAACAUUGAAGCAAAAUUGCUCCGUUUGUUUACGCAUAAUUCUUUGGCUGUGAGAUCUUCCAUUACCAGCUCUGAGCUUGGUCUUAUGGGCCUGUACGGCAUUGACGAAAGGUUUCAGGACAUGUACAAGCAGUUCAACUUACCACAAGUUCUGGACGAUUCAUAUCUUCGGGACGCUAUGGUGCAAGGGCUUCUCGCAAAAGCGACUGCAGUCAAUGUUGGCAGAAACAUCGCUUAUUUGAAAGGUUUGAAUAACGAAUGUUCUAAUAGUCUUCUUUGGAUGAGCUGGAAGAAGAGUUUAACUAUCCAAAGUUGUUUGAAACCUGAAACACACAACAACGGAGUGACGUCAAGUCUGGAGGCGAUGACUCAUUUGCAGGAUCAGCGAUUGGCACACCAAUUUCGUGAAAGAAAGUGGUACCUAACUGUAUCUUCUAUUGAGCCUCCAGUCGAUCCAUCUAUGACGCUCAAAGUGCUUGAUGCGUCCUAUCUCAUACACGAAACUCUCAUUGAUCGUUCUGCAGUGAAAUGUUCUGUCACUCCAUUCUUUCGCCCUUUUUUCUUAGCUGUAGAUGCAAUGAUGAGUGAGUUAUUCAAGUACUGCAGCGACAUCGGAGACAGUGAUGAUGCUGAAAGAUGGAUUAUGGAAAUUAGAGACUUCCUUGGCAAAAGAGAUCGUUUAUGGAUCAGUCUCUCACUCUACCCACUUGACGUCAAUUCGGAGUCAUUUCUUGGGUUUGAUGAAACGGAGUUCAUUGUCCAAUGGAAAUGGAUUAAGAAAAGCUUUUCCAGACUGUCAUCAAGUCCACAGACAAUCAGGCUACCAUCAAGGGACUCCCUUCACGCUGUGAAUGCCUUGAUAAUGGCCAUCGAUCGCGUUGUGUUUGGUGUCGAGCUUCAAACUUGGCUACCGCACAAAGUGAGCAAAAGCAUGAUGAAACAAGCAGUCCCUCACAAAGCAGAACAAUUCGAAGAAGUUCUUCUGACAAGAGCAUUGGCAAAUGAAUGCGCAAUUGUUGAAGACUCAAUUUUCAAUCCGUUCGAAUCCACCUGUGAUGCUAUUGAGUUGCAGAGUUUAGUGGACACUCAGCACCCGGUGUUCUUCAUUCAUAGAGACGAGAGAUUUCAGAUCUUAGCUGCAUUAUGCACCAUGCAAUUUCUAUGGACCGAUGAGGUCAAUAUUGAGAAUAAAAACCUUUCACUGGCAAAUGAAGGUUUCAGCCAGAAAUUGCGCGAAUCGUUCGAGACAAAAAGGAAGAAAUUCAUAUCUGACAUGACAGCGGCAAAAGUGGAUGCAAAGAUUGCAACUGUUGAGAAUCAAUUUGAUGUCGAGAUGCUUGAACUAUUAAAAGCGUCUUCUGAUGCAACACUGUCCAGCCACGAAGCGUACUCGGGCUGGUCGACCACCAUUCUUUCAGCUUUCUCGAAGGUGCAAACAUCAGCACUUGCAGAAUUCUGGUGCGCCCACGAAGAAGCAAGGCUAUACGGUGAAGCCAGUAAGUUCACCCUCGAGUGCCAAGACGAAAGUCAGUUGAAGAGAGAGUUACUUUCUUUGCUGCCAGCUUUGAAAAGGCUCGUUGAAGUUGUGCUAUCGCAGACGAUUUGGUCAACUACGGACAUAAGAGCGCAGCAAACAUUGAUUUGGGCAAUUGAAGGUGGAUUCGAAAACAAAAGGGACCAUCGCCAACUCUUGCGAUGUCUUUUGCCCCAAAUGCUGAGUUCAAUGAUGAAACAUAUGUGGCGUAAUUCUUUCUCCGGUUUAGGUGCAACGUCGAUGUCUUUGGAUUUGCCGAAUAUGUGGUACGACGACGAAAGUCAGCAGAUUCAGGUCUCGUCUCAAGAGCUUGACAGGUGUUAUGGAUCAAAAAGACUUGGUCAUUGGUUCAGAAGUGAGUUCUUUAUCCACUUCUUCCACAAAAAUCUGGCUUGGUCACAAUCAAGCGGCCGUAUCAAGAUACACACAAUUGAAAACCACACUCAACGAAAACAGCAAAACCAAGAUACCAUGAGGAUGCUCUCGUCGUUGUCCUUUUCUGGAUCCAAGCCAAGACUCUUCAUUGCCCACUUGCUUCUACAUGAUGUUCUUGACGCCGUGAACACCAAUGAGACUAACGUCCACAUCGAGAAAUUGCUUGCUAUCGCAAGACAGCCGGAGCGGCUAAUGGAAUUUAGUUUUGAUGACAUUCAGAGCAUGAGCAAAGAUGUGGAGGAUGGUUUCCUCCAUUGUCACUUGUCGGAUGUUCUCACCCCCCUUCUUCAGGCAAUGCAAGAAGCUUGGAAACAAGAAGAUGGGUCCAAAGCGUAUGACCUGCAGUUUGGCUUAGUUUCAAUAUACCUUGGCAUUCUCCGAUUACACAUUUUGGCACCAGAUUCUCCAUUAGAUCCUGGUAGAGCUCCUGUCGCAAAGAUGGCACUGAUUGAUCGAAAGCUCAUCGAACUGGAGACAGAGUUGAUUGCAUUGCGACUGGAUAGUGGGUUUAUGAGAGGAGACUUCGCUCCAUCGAGCGACAAUGCUCUUGAGAUUUUAGAAACUGGAAGCGCUUUGGUAAAGAAACGAAUGUUGCAAGCAAAAAAGGUUGUCGAACGUGUAUCAUCAGCUCCGCCAUAUUUUGAGUUCUAUCGCGAAACCAAGGAUUUCUUGGACAACGUCGCAGGAAAACCAACUGUAUUGGAACUCACUCGUGCCUUGCUCGAGAAUCCGACAGCAGAAGUUAUGCAGAGAGCUCAAAAUUGGCUUCGUACAACAGCCGCAUUUUGCCAAAGAUUUGGCGAUUUCUACAACGCAUACGAAGAAGUUGUUUCAGGAUUGAUUUCAUCGAUGCAAUUGGUCCAAGAUGGAAUCCUUGUAAUUUCGCAACGGGAGGUUUCAAAGCACGCCAUCGGUAAUGCUGAGCUCUUGAAGAACCUUCUCACAUUUCCAGCAAUAGAUCACGCAAAUACCAUUCAAUCGCUCGUCACAACUUUGACUUCGUACUUGACUUCCGAUGAAGUUGGCAAUGCUCAGGAAAAGUCGGAUCUUUUGUUCUCGCUCUCUGUUGCCAUUCUCGCACGCCUCCUAAUGAAGCAGUACAUCGAAGGCUUAACAUCAAGGGAGAUGGUUUGGGGCUACAAGAUAUUUGAAGCUCUUGGAAGCUCUCAUCACACUGGAAGAGCUGAUAAAGAGAGUCUGGAUGAGACACUUGAAGAUGCUCAGGAAAGAGAGUUCAGAGAGCAAUUCCCAUCACAUCGAGACGAGUUUAAUGCUCUUCUACGCGUUGAAGAAGAAGAGGACGAUGACGAUGCUUCGGAAACUCAAGAAGUAGAUGGAGAUGAUGAUGCUGUCCUAGCCAGUGCGGAGUUUUCAGAUGCGCAAAUGGAACUUCUUUGUAGACUGCAUAACCAAUUGUUUUCAGGAGCUUCUUGCAUUCCAACAGACCAAGACCGGACGCUACUGUUCCAUUCUAGCUACAAUGCUACAUGUGAGCUGGAGAAGCAAUUUGGUUGCACCAAAAUGGCAGCAAAUGUCUCUGAACCCAUGGGUGCACAUGUAUAUGCAAUGGCACUCACAAACAUGCCAAAGAAAGGUAUCAUUCGUUGCGAAAAGCACUAUUCCGCAGAGAGCGGAGUGAUUGACUUUCAAAAUGAGCCCUGUCCCAGCGAAGUCAUGAUGGCAGCUGGUCCUCUGGAACGUCUGGUCGCAAGGACAACACAGUUGCUAACAGCCUUUCCGGGUCACUCUAUUUUGCUUGGGCUUGGCAGAGUAUGCGAGAAGGUCCGAAAACUUGAUCUGAUGACGACUCCUAUUGGAAAAGUGAUGACUGGUCUUGAGGUAAUCCUACGACAGGCGCAAGAUUGGGAACAGCAUGCUAGUGAUAGAGUUCGAUUAGGUGAAGCUCUACAUGAUGUUGGUGGAAUUGUUGCAAAAUGGAGAAAGCUUGAAUUACAGAGCUGGUCUCAGUUGCUGCAAGCGAGGCAAGAUCGUCAAAUCUCGAAAGCGAGGAAGUACUUGCUUCGCCUGCAUGGAGUUCUCCACACUGGCGAUGUCAUCCCUGAUUUUAACAACGAAGGUGCAUCAUCUUGCUCUUCCGUGUUCAGUCAAAGAGAGUGUAGCAGCCCAAUAUGGAUUUGGAAAGGUUUCGCUUCUUCUAGGAAAACGUUAUGCGGAGAUUUGGACAAUGGCCACGCAGAAGACUUGACUGAACUAGUGAAGGCUUUGGACACUUUCAUUCUGACUUCGCCACUUGGGGAAUUCGGGGAAAGGCUUAGGUUGCUCCAGCCAUUAUCAGUUCAAUUGUAUAACGAGUACAGGGCAUCCAGCACUGGAGAAAAAUCGAAGAUGCAGCAAUCAAGAAUUGUUGAAUCGAUAUGGCGCUAUUACUGUCAAUUCCAACCUUUGCUUCAAAACAAGGUUGAGACAAUGAAGUCGCCAAUCGAAAAAAAAUUGAAAGAUACUGUAAAGCUCGCAAAAUGGGACGAGCAAUCCUAUUAUGCUUUGGCAGAAUCGUCGGAGAAAAACCAUAGACAGUUGAUGAAAGUACUCUCGGAAAUGGAUGAGUGUUUAGGUCUCAAUGUUGGAUUAAUCAUCCAAGAAGACUCAUAUCGUGGGAUUCGUUCGCGCCCAGAUAGUCAAGAUGAAUUCUGUGCGCAGGUACCGUCGAAUAGUGUGAUGUUCCCACUGGGAUUCGGAGAGGAUCAAAAGGAGAAGAAACACGGGGAGGUUGUUAUUGAUAUCCACGAGCGCCAGUGGAUAGACGCAAGCUUAAUUGGAGUUUCCAGCAACAGCCACCUCUCGAAAAUUGGAAAAUAUGCCAUGAGAAUGAGUUCAAUGUCGAAAAAGGGAAUGCUUCGAGCGCAAUCAGUAGCCUUUGAAGGAAGUGUCUGCGCCGUUGACCUUUGCGAAGCAUUGUUUGACCGUAUUGGAUCCUUGCGAGAAAAGUCAACAAGACCGAUGAAGGAAAGGGCUGUAGUGGAUUUGUUCCGAGAGCUCAAAAGGAACGGCUUUACAACUGCAAAAUGGAGUACUCCCAAAGAGCUGCGGCAAAUGGAGCAUAUCUUUCAGCUACCGGCGCCUAAAAGUGAGCGACUAGACGCGAAUAAUGCCUCAGAACUCAAACGAGGCGAGAAGUACUUCAUGAGGUGUCUCACUGAAGCUGCCGCCCUAAGAUCGGAGACUCUAAUUCUUGGAAGCAAGUAUAUGACAACAAGAGAAAUGAAUCUGAUGACUUCUUUGAGUGACAGUAUGUUACUCAUGGUCACUCAGCAGCGAUCGCUUGUUGCAAUCAUCCUUGAUGACACUUCAUCUCUGCAAAAGUCCGUCAGUGAGAUUGCAUUCCACCAAUAUAAUCUCCCAACUCCUCAGAGCGAAUACAUACGUAUGAUGCGCGAAAUUGAAGUAGGAAUCAAUGCAUCAUCCGAGAGUAUAAAGGAAUUGUCACUUUUCUUCCGAUCAUCAAAAGAUUUGUUGGAUUCUGAUGAGAAAGUCACGGUGAUGAGAGAUGCAAUCACAAAACUUGAAACUAUGCUCCUACUACCCAAAGAUUUCAUGGCAAAGAAAGGAACUCAAUUUGUUUCGUGGGACCAGGUGAAGCAGAUUGAAGAACAAGGAGUGAAGCUGCAAGAAGCAAGAUUCCUCAUCGAGGAGUGCCGGAACGAGUGCAAGGUCUUAGGCUUGUAUCCCUUGGAUAUCUUUGAUGUACCCUUGCACUCUCUUUCACGCACGAUUGAAAUAAUUGAGGAUUGUAACUCUGCGUCGGAACAGACGCAGGAUGAUGCGGAGGCUGGUUUGCCAAAAACUGAUCUGAUUUCCUGUCUUGCGAGUGUAACCGAGCGACUGCUCAUUACUUUCCAGAAUUUCUGCACAGACACUCAAUCGUCGAACAAUGUAAAGGGCUCUAAUCAAAUGGAUGACGAUGCCUUGAUCAUGGAGUGUCACAAAGACAUGGUUGCGAAUUGGAGUGGUAUAAACCUGAAGGAACUGAACCAAAAGCUAGUGCAAACGAUUGCAAUGGUACAGGAAAUCCAUAACGAUGCGGGGACGGGCAGAAAAGACCGCGAAGUAAUAGUUCAACUGGCUUCCGAUAUUGGGUUUCUAGCGGACCACAUACUCUCAUUGUCACAAGUUUACCUCCAGGACUCAUUGCAAUUCUACAGCGCAAACUCGAAGCUUCUUUAUGUGGUCUUGCGAGUCUUUCGAGUAUUGGUUUCGAAAGGAUACUGCUCGGAUGAAACUGCGGAAGAGGAAGAUGGCGAUGCGGAGGGUGAUAUCAAUGGUAUGACGUUCGAAGACGAUCAAGACGGAACAGGAAUGGGCGAGGGUGAAGGAAAGAAGGAUGUCUCCGAUCAGUUAGAGAGCGAAGAUCAGCUUGCUGGUCUCAAGCCGGAUCAGGACAACGAAGACGACAAAGCCGAGAAACAGGAAUCACGCCAGUUGGACGAAGACGAGGCGGAUCAAGGGAUGGAAAUGGAGAACGAUUUUGAUGGGGAAAUGUGUGAUUUACCGGACAAAGAACCAGAUGAUGGAAUGGAAGAGGAGGAAGGCGAAGAGCUUGAUCGGGAGAUGGGCGACGAUGCUAGCCCAGAUGAUCAAGUCGUUGACGAAAAAAUGUGGAACGAGAGCGACGACGAAGAUGACAUCAACAAAGAAGACGAGAAAUUUGAGAAGGAUAGUGGUGUCGAAGGAGAAGCAAUUGAAGGAGAAACCAGAACAAAGGAUGAUGAUGAGGGAGAAGAUCCAUCAAAAGAAGAAAAGAAAGAUAACGAAUCAAAUGUCGACGAGCACAAACCAAAUGAAGACAACGCAGGAGAUGACAUGAACAACCAACAAAGCAACGAAGAAGACAUGAUAAAUGAAGAUUUUGACAAUGAAGAAGAACAACAUGGUGUUGAUGUGCGUGGCGAAGAGCACGAGCAGCAGGAUGAGAACAACGACGAAGGAGAAAUGCAACUGGAUGACAACGUUUGCCUUGAUGGUGAGGAUGAUAAUGCCGAGUCAAACGAUACCGAAGAGGAACCUGAUCAGGAUGAGAACCCAGAUGAUGCUGAUUCUACGGAAAUUCCUAUUGAUAAUCCAUUGGACCAAAAUGCCCCGGAAGACCAGGAAGAAGGCGACGAUCAGGUAGAUCAAAGCGCGGCUGCCAAACCACAAGGUCAAGGAACCGUCGAAAAUGAUGAAGAUGGAAACGACGAGCCCGAGGACGAGCCGGAGGAAAAUGCCCUAGAGAGCAUGAAACAAGAAGCUUCUACAGAGGAAGCAGCUCAUGGCGUGAGAUCAAACCAAGGGACAGAUGCUGUAAAGGAUGAUGGAAUGGAAGAGGAUGAAAAAGAAGAAGAGGCCAAUGACGAAGAAGAUGUCGCUGGUGGACCAGGGUCAGCUCAAGCUCAGGACUCACAGAACAACGAUUCAGGUCAAGGCGGUGGAUAUAGCGAACAAGACGGUGCAACUGAAAACCAAACUGAAGCACAAGCUGAACAAAACUCUGAUGAGAUUCCAAAUCCUUUCAAAGAUCCUGGAGAUGCUUCAAAGUUCUGGCAUAAGAAGCUGAACAUGGUGGAUUCAAGUUCUGAUGACAGGGGCGACGCAGACAAUGUGGAGGACGAUGACAUGGCCGAAGAAGACCAGGAAGCAGACAAGAAUACUGGAGAUUUCGAAUACGCCUCCAAAGAAGAAAAGAGUUCUACUCAAGUACUUGGAGAGGCAACUGAGGAGGAGGCUACCAAGCUAGAUGACAUGAAUAACAAUGAGAAGGAAGAUGACCCAGAUCAGGAACAAGAGCAGCAGCAAUCAAAGCAAGAUGAGCCAAGUGGUACCCGAGAUGAAAAGAAGAAGGCAUCGAAACAAUCAAAGCGGACAAGCCCUGAUAAUCAAGAUAUUGAUGAUGGCUCUGAUGAGGAUGAUGCCAUGUCAGAAGUCGACCAGGAAAUUGAUGGUGAGGAAUCCGAAACAAGUGAGAAGGGGGGCAAUGAAGAGAUCGAAGAUGACAUUCGCCGAAACCUUGUGUCUACUGAUUUCUCAAAGUUAACCGUGGGAGAUGAUGAUGCGGAACGUCUUGAUCCACAGAAACUUCUCCAGGAUGAACAAGUGACAAGUAUCGAUCGUGAAAGGGCAGCAGAAGCGAAAUCGAAGUGGUUACAGAUCCAGGGCGAAACGCACAAUUUGGCAAGAAGAUUGUGCGAAAAACUGCGAUUGGUCAUGGAACCAUUGGUUGCUUCGAAGCUAAGAGGUGACUAUAGGACCGGAAAACGGAUCAAUAUGAAGCGAGUUAUUGGAUACAUUGCCAGUGGGUAUCGAAAGGAUAAGAUUUGGCUUCGACGGACAAAACCAGCUAAGCGAAACUACCGCGUUUUGCUUGCUGUUGAUGACUCCGAAAGUAUGAAGAAGAGUGGGGCAGGCGAAUUGGCUCUUCGCGCCAUGGCAACAUUGGCUGUUGGUAUUAAUCAACUUGAAAUUGGAGAGCUCGGCAUCGCAAGCUUUGGAGAUGAUAUGAAGCUAUUGCACCCGUAUCACCUUCCAUUCACAUCCGAAUCAGGGUCGGAUAUGGUUGUCAAUUUUGGUUUCGAUCAGAAACGAACAAGAACAGCUUUAUGCGUUGAGAGUGCAUUAGCUUCGUUCGAAGAGUAUGGUGAUAAUUCAUCGAUGCAAUUAGUCUUCUUGAUCAGUGAUGGACGCAUUGAAAGAGAUAGCCGGGCGGCGCUUCAACGGCUCAUCCGAGAAAUGGCAGAACGAACCAUUCUAUUGGCUAUGAUCAUUGUCGAGGGCGACAUCAAGAAAAAAGACAGCAUCGUCAACAUGAAGGAAGUCACAUUCGAAAAGGGAAAGCCUGUCGUAAAGCGCUUCAUUGAGGAAUACCCCCUUCCGUACUACAUCGUACUCGACGACAUGACGACGUUACCGGAAGUGCUCGGAGACGCCUUGAAACAGUGGUUUGAAAUCUUGGCACAGCUGAACAGCAGUAGGUAA